UGAAAUCUUACACUAAAGUUGUCCGUAGCGUUCCGUACAGUUCCGUACAGCUCGCGCGAACAAUAAGAUUUGCGGUCUUUAAUAUACUGCAUUAUUUAAAUGAGGAUGUAGUAUAACUGUUUUAUACACAUUCACAAAUUCACAUACACGCGUACUUUACUUUAUGAUAGGAUAUCAAUUGUUUAAAGUCACAUGAAAAAUCUUAUCGCUCAUUGAACAAUUAUCAAGGGCAGACUAUGUAUGAUAUAAAUUAUUUAUCACAUCUCAAACUUUGGUAUAUGGUACUCAUUCAUUGUUUGCAACUUUAACCAUCAUGGCGCGAGAGUGUUGGAUAUAUUAUUGUGUGGUAGGAUUAUUAUUUGCCAGUUUCACAACGACCAAGGGCUCGCCGGCGGGAACUAAAAUCCCGAAGAAAUACGCCGUGAAUCUUGAUGUAGCACCGGAAAAGAGAUGGCAGCAGGUCGCGAUAGAGCACAAAGAGUUGAUUAAGGAUGUUCAUUCUGUCAUAACUUCAGUCAUACCGGAAGACCUGUUGCCAUAUGUGGAACUAAUAGCUACGGAUCUGGACUAUUACAUAGCAAAACCAUAUGCUGGCGAAAUGAGAGGUUUUGCUGCAGCACUAAACAUCAGUGUUGGAGAUGUUGUCAUGGCAAAUCUUAUCUAUGACGUCUCGGCGUUUUGCACGAGUAUUAUUUCACAGGACGCUAAUGGUCAAAUCUGGCACUCGAGAAACUUAGAUUACAGUUUCACAGAUAUUCUAAAAAAUAUAACAAUAGCUGUGGAUUUCCAGUCAAAGGGCGUGACUGAAUACAGUAUUAUAACCUAUGCUGGGUAUGUGGGAGCUCUUACGGGACAACGACCCAAUGUAUUUACCGUAACAGUAGAUGAAAGAGACCAGGGCUCUAUCAUAUGGAACCUCGUCAUCGGAAUAUUAGACAAGCAAGUGUCACCUGUGUCUUUUCUUGUGAGAGAUGCCCUUGCUUAUGACAGGAACUUCUCGGCUGCUGUGGACCGUCUGUCUUACACCGCUACAGCAGCCGAUGCUUAUUUCAUAAUGGGUGGGGCAAAGGAAGGAGAAGGUGCGAUCAUUACAAAGGGACGCCUUGCACCCGAUGAUGUUUGGAAACUGGACCCAGCAAGUGGAAGAUGGUUCCUAGUAGAAACCAAUUAUGACCACUGGACCACACCACCACCGAGCGAUAACAGAAGGGAACCAGCAAUUAAAGCGAUAUCAGCUUUAGGACAGAAAAACAUAUCAGUGAUGAAUCUGUUCGAUGUAAUGUCAACCCCAAAAGUACUUAACCCGCACACAACAUACACUGUUGUUAUGUCUGCAGCAAAGCCGUCGUUGAUGCAGACCUGGAUAAGAAUAUAGAACUGUUACAUGUACAUGGGAUGAAGAGACUAGAAAUAUUAUUUAUAGAUAAUGAAAAUGACAUUUUUAUAAUGUAUAUGUACUAGUGAGUUCUGUGAUAAAAUGAAAUUCAAAUGA